UGGACUUCUUCGUGGGUGCAUAUGGUACACGGCUAGUUGCUGUUAUUCAUCCUUCCAAUGUGGAUUAAUGAGAAAGGACCUAUUCUUCUGUAUGGCUUCAAGUUUUAGAUCAUUCACCCUACGGAUUUCUUAGAUGUCAUAGUUCGGGUACCUAUUACACCAUUCUUUGGAGAAGGCUGUCCAACAGUGGUGACCUCUUCCAAUCCAACACUCUACAAAUUAUUAUCCCUGGACUCUCAGUUGACACCCUGCCGGAGGCAAGAGCUACUAAGCCAACUGGAACUGUGCCUUUUCUUUUGUCAAGGUUUUUUUCUUACACAGGAAAAAGAAAGAAAAAAAAAAGAUGAAGCUGGGCAAAGUGGAAUUCUGCUAUUUUCUGCAGCUAAUAGCUCUUUUCCUGUGUUUUUCUGGGAUGAGUCAAGCAGAACUCCCAAAGUCCAGAUCAAAGCCCUAUUUCCAAUCAGGGAGGUCCCGGACCAAGCGCAGCUGGGUGUGGAAUCAGUUCUUUGUGCUGGAGGAAUACAUGGGUUCAGACCCCCUCUAUGUAGGAAAGCUUCACUCUGAUGUUGAUAAAGGAGAUGGUUCCAUCAAAUACAUCUUGUCAGGCGAAGGGGCAAGUUCCAUUUUCAUUAUUGAUGAGAACACUGGGGAUAUUCAUGCUACCAAGAGACUGGACCGGGAGGAGCAGGCCUACUACACACUCCGAGCUCAAGCGCUGGACAGGCUCACCAACAAGCCCGUGGAGCCUGAAUCUGAGUUUGUCAUCAAAAUUCAGGAUAUCAAUGACAAUGAACCCAAAUUUUUGGAUGGCCCAUACACGGCAGGAGUUCCUGAAAUGUCCCCUGUGGGGACCUCAGUGGUGCAAGUGACAGCAACGGAUGCUGACGAUCCUACAUAUGGCAACAGCGCCCGCGUGGUCUACAGUAUUUUGCAAGGACAGCCAUAUUUCUCAGUGGAGCCAAAGACAGGAGUCAUCAAGACCGCCCUUCCAAACAUGGAUAGAGAGGCUAAAGACCAGUAUUUGCUUGUUAUUCAGGCAAAGGAUAUGGUUGGUCAAAAUGGAGGACUGUCAGGAACCACAUCUGUCACUGUGACCCUAACUGAUGUCAACGAUAACCCACCUCGCUUUCCUCGAAGGUCUUACCAAUACAAUGUCCCAGAAUCAUUGCCUGUAGCCUCGGUUGUAGCCAGAAUUAAAGCUGCCGAUGCAGAUAUUGGAGCUAAUGCUGAAAUGGAAUACAAAAUUGUGGAUGGUGAUGGAUUAGGGAUUUUUAGGAUUUCUGUUGACAAGGAUACACAGGAAGGAAUCAUUACUAUCCAGAAGGAACUGGAUUUUGAAGCCAAAACAAGUUACACGCUAAGGAUAGAAGCUGCAAACAAAGAUGCCGACCCUCGCUUUCUAAGUUUGGGGCCAUUCAGUGACACGACAACCGUGAAGAUAAUUGUGGAAGAUGUGGAUGAGCCCCCUGUGUUUUCUUCACCCUUGUACCCCAUGGAGGUGUCAGAAGCUACCCAAGUAGGGAAUAUUAUUGGCACUGUAGUGGCCCAUGAUCCGGAUUCUUCCAAUAGCCCUGUAAGCAAAUGAAACCCGUUUAUAUAUGUAUUGAGCCAUAGGAGCAGAAGUAAAACAGAAUGAGGACAACACA